GUCUCAGAGCUCGGUCGGCUCGCAGAGACAGCAGGAUGCCAAAGGGAGCGCUCCGACACACUGCGUCCGUUUUACCGUCUCCCGACGUCGCCUCUCGGUCACAGCAACUCUGAUGGGCGUUUUUAUCUACCUUUUGCCGUCCUCCGCGCUUGGAUAUUUUCGAAAGCCACGAAAUGAAGCGAAUGAAUGUGAGCAACAAGAAGUAUCCUGUUGUUGUGCCUGUCUCCAGCAUCACUAGUAGUCAAGUACUCUCUGUGGAUGCGGUGCCUCACUGAUCUGUAGUUGUCUUGUUUUCGGAGGAUUUGAUGUAGCGAUCAGUAGUGGACUACCCAACUUUCUCCCGCUUUUUUGUUGUCUUUUUCGAGGUUUUCCGUGUUUGAAACAAAGAUUUCAGGAUAGACCAACUCCGGAAAACCAGCGACUUGACAUCUGCUCCCGGCGGAAUAACCAUUCUUAGCGGUUAUUCGCCUUUACAAGCAUCUUCUCUGGGCCACGCUGGAAGUCGCCUCCCAUGUGGCCGUCGGGAGUGGGGAGCAGGCAGCCCUGCCCGCGGGAGUCGGCGCUGCGCAGGGCGGCCAUCAGCGGCAACAUCAACGCCCUGCCGCCGCACCACGUCCCCACCGGCCGCAGCGUCCGGGUCUUCAUCUGUUCCAAUCCCGACGACACAGAGGCGGAGAGGAACGCACUGAAAGAGCACGUCUACCCCAAACUACGAGACUUCUGCAGGGAGAACUAUGGCAUUGAAUUCCAGGUGGUGGACUUGUACUGGGGCGUCGAUCCAGAGGAGUGGGACAGUCCAGAGCUGCAGCGACUCAGAAUGAAACUUCUGGAGGAAUGUCUAAAGACCUCGGCUGGACCAUGUUUUGUUGGCCUGGUAGGAGAAAAAUAUGGCAGCAUCCGAGUGCCGGGGGAGGUGGAAUCAGCAGAGUUCGAGAUGAUCUUGGAUGCAGCUGUGGAGGCGGGGCUGGACACACACAUCUUGGAAGAGUGGUACUGCAGGGAUGAAAACUCUGUGCCACCCGCAUACUACCUCAAACCCAAAGCCCAAAUGCUUAAGAACUACCAGAACUCAAUGGAGUCAAGCAGCGCAGCCAAGACCAAGAAUGACAAGGCCUGGAGGAACGUGUCGGAGGAGAUCAAGAGGAUCUUCCGGACAGCGGUGCUGCAGCUUCAAGAGAAGGGGACCAUGAAGAGUGCUCAGGCCAAGAAAUUCCUUUGCUCUGCCUUGGAGGAUGAAUUAGACUUUGCCCUUGGAAAACAAACUCCUGCCUUUCUCAGGAAAUGUGUCUGCUACAUUCGCAAGAUCUCCAACUUUGACCGCUUCGCCAAAAUCCCUGAGAUGGCCCGCUACAUGGACAUUGUGGUCAGCGGCGAUCGCGUCAUGCGCAACCAGGAAGCUUACGAACGCCUUCUGAAGGUUCGGGACGAGUUCAUCCCCACAGUCGUGGCUGCCUCCAACCUCCGCGUCUAUUCCUCUGUCACUCACUGCGACAUGAAGCUAGGCUACUCCCAAGAAGUGGAGAGCCACUACGUCGAAGGUCUGUGUAAACAGUUCUACGAGGACAUGGUGGAUAUCAUCCAGGCCACAGUCCAGCAGAACUUUGACACAGAGACUGAUCCGUUGUACGAUGAGAUCCUGCAGCACCUGUCACUCUGCAAAAACUUCGCAGCCCUCUAUGAGUACAAGGCCGAGUCGCUGGAUUACGUGCAGGAGUAUGUCAUGCCGUCUAAGGGAAGCAGAAUGAGCCCUCUAGUGGUGUACGGAGGACCCUGCACUGGAAAGACUCUGCUGCUGUCUGAGGUGGCCAAAGAGGCUUACACAUGGCUGCAGAAAGAGAUGGGCCCUGAAACCGAUCCAGUGGUCAUUGUUCGUUUUAUUGGCUCCAGCCAGCUCUCCACAGACCUACGAACCCUCCUCCAGAGCAUCUGUGAACAGAUUGCAAUCAACUACCGCUGCCUGAUUCACUUUUUGCCUAACAAGAUUCAGGAGAUGAGAGAGCUCCUGAUCAACCUCCUAGGGGAAUCCUCGUUCCACAGGCCCUUGGUCAUCAUCCUGGAUGCGCUGGAGCAGCUUUCAGAUGCCGAUGAAGCUCGCAAACUGUGGUGGCUCCCCAUACACCUGCCUCGAACAGUCCGCAUUGUAGUAUCAACGUUGCCCAAUAAGCACGGUAUCUUGCAGAAGCUCCGUCACCUCAUCCAUGAUGAGGGCUAUUAUGUGGAGUUAAUCCAGAGAGACCGCAAAGUCUGCAGCCAGACAUUAAAACAGCAAUUGUUGGGGGUGAAGAGAAAAGUCACCUCAGGCCAACAGAUCUAUGUCAAUGAGGCACUUGCCAAGUGUACAUUGCCAAUGUUUGUCAACCUCAUCUACAGAGAAGUAGUUCACUGGAGGUCUCACAAAGAUGUGGAUGAUAGGUCCCUCUGUUCCACAGUGCAUGAAAGCAUAGAGCAACUAUUCUACUCUGUCGAGAACAAAUUGGGCCAACGAUUUGUCUUCAGAGCAUUAGGAUAUAUCACCAUGGCCAAGGCUGGGUUAACUGAGGUUGAGCUGGAAGAUAUCCUGUCACUUGAUAACAUCGUUCUUGGGGAUGUCAUUGUGGCAACUUACCUCAAAAACCCACUGAGGAUCUCCUAUGACUUGGUUGCAAAGCUUAAAGAGGAACUGGAUGGCUACCUGGUGGAGCGUCAGGUGCGCAACGUCACCUUGAUGGUUUGGGCCAACAGACACCUGCAUCUCAUUGCCCAGAAGCUGUAUCUUAGUAAUGAAGAGGAUGUGCAUCAAAUGCACAGUCUCUUAGCUGAGUACUUCCUUGGGGCUUGGUCAGGAGGCAGGAAGAAAAUCUUCACCUACGACAACAACCACUUCACUUCCCUGAACAUUUCUCAUCACAAAAACCCACACCAUCAACAGUCCCAUGAAAAAACAUCUUCUGAUAAGUACUCUUAUGACAGACAGACCCCUGAACAACCUUGGGUGUUCCAGUGCAAUCUUUUGGAGCCUGACAUUUUCUUUGUCAAUCACAGAAAGAUGACGGAGCUGGUGUAUCACCUUACUAGAAGCGGGCGCACCGAUGACCUCAUGUUUGGCGUCAUUAUGAACUUCAGUUGGCUCUACACAAUGAUUAAGAUUGGCCAGUUUGAAAAGGCUUUAACAGACAUUGACCUAGCUUACAGUUACACCCAAGAAAAAGAGCUGAAGUUUCUGGCCACCACCCUCCGUAGCAUUAAGGUAAAAGUGCUGAAGAACCCAGCAUCACUGUCAGCAGAGCUGCAGCAAAGGCUUCUGCCAGUAGUCACCUCCCUUCCAAAGCUCAGACACCUCCUGCUGGAGUGUGACAAAGAUGGCCCAAAGUACUGCUCUAUUGUGCCUCUCCACUCCUCUAUGGAUGUCACCUACAGUCCAGAAAGGCUUCCUCUGUGCUCCAGUUAUAUGCAGAUUGUGGAGAUCUUGCCCACUCUCGCCCCAAACAUAGUCCUUGUUGCAUUGGAGGACGGGUCUGUCAGCACCUGGGAUGUAGAAAGCAGACAGCUUCUACGGCAGAUCGACACAGCCAGAUCUGUUGUGCUGGGAAUCAGGCUAACCUCUGAUGAGAAGUAUCUGGUCGUGGCCACAACUAAAAAUACACUGCUCAUCUAUGAUAAUCACAAGUCCUGCCUUUUAUCUGAGGUUGAAAUCAAGGGGUCCAAGCACGGUGGCAUCACUGGUGGGGUUGCCUUCAUCAAUGGCUUUACUUUGUCUACCCAUCAUGCUUUGGCUUGGCUUGAAGCUAGUAAAGACGUCAAUGUCAUUGACCUCCUCUACGGCUGGCCUCUCUACCAGUUCCACUGCUGGUACGAGGUGACUUGUGUCCAGUGCUCACCAGAUGGAAUGUAUGCCUUCUGUGGCCAGUACCUCAACACUGCAUCCGUCUUUCAUCUAGGAAAUGGUGACAAGUUGGCCACUAUGACAUCUGAGUUUUCUGGGGGGUUCGUCAAAUCCAUCCUUGUGCUGGACACCCUUAACCAAAUGGUGAUGGUUGACAAUGAAGGCAGUCUGUCCGUGUGGAACACCAAAGAGAUCACCAACCCGAAACUGAUGGAAGAUUAUGAUUGUAGAGGGGAUGACAGUGAAGUGGUGGGCAUCGAGUUGUCUGAAGACCAGCGUUCCAUUCUCAUUUGUAAGGCCAGGAGUAUUGAGGUUCUGGACACAAAAGUAUGGAAAAUGGUAGAGAAGUUCAAAGCCAAACGUAGUGAACGCUUUGUUGCAGCUGUUCUCUCCAAAAAUGGACAAAGCAUUGUGGCAUCCAUGGAAAACACCUCCUCUAUCUUUGUCUGGCGGAGGGACAGUGGACAGUGUAUGGCUAGCCUGAUUGAGAUCUCAGGGGCUAUUGUAAAACUCAUCAAAUCAGUCCACCACAAUCUGCUCCUUUCUGUUGCCAGCAGUGGAGUUCUGUCUGUCUGGGACAUUGAUAUCAUCACCGCCAUGUCCAACAUUGAUAAAACAGGCAAGAAGAUCCAGACCUUGCAGCUGUCCGGCAGAGAGGACUACGUGUUUACCAUGGAUGGCUCAGAAGCUGUCCACAAGUGGAACUUUAGCACUGGAUUUAUUGAAACCGUUUUCAAGCACGAGGGCAUAGUGGAAAACUGUGUCCUAACCUCCUCAGGGGAUCUCAUGGUGACUUCUGACGACAAGUCCAGUCAAUACAUUUGGCAAACCAACACCGGAGAAAAUAUUUUCCGCAUCAACGGACAGAGAAUAUCACAGCUGCUAAUCACCCACAACGACCAGUUUGUGGUGUCCCUCUGUGAGCAGAAUGCUUCCAGAGUGUGGAGGCUUGCCACUGGGCACAAAGUGUGCAACAUCUUAGUCACUCUCCAGAAUGCACUGAUCACCACAGCAAACACGUUCCUGGUAGGAACAUCCAAAAACAAGCUCCUUGCUGUCAGCCUUUGGUCAGGCAGCGUGUCAAAGAAGUUUGUCUGUGAUGAUGGUAUCACCAUUGCCAACUUCAAGCUCAUUCCUGACUGCCCUGACUGCGUGGUCUUCAUUACGUCCACAGAGACCGUCUUUAUCUGGAGCGUGGCAGAUGAGUCUGUUUGCAGACGUGUCCAGCUCCCAACCAACUUCCUCAAAAAUCUAGAGGACUUCCAGAUUUCUCCCAAUGGGAAAUUAGGAAUCGUCUCUAAAGGUGAUGAGAAUAUUAACGUCCUGGAUCUUCACAGUGGGAAGUUACGGCUUGUCCACGCUGCAGGUAUAAUCUGGCGCCAGAAAUUAUCAAGAGAUGGCCGUUAUCUUGUAUACAUCUGUUUCCGGAACUGCGACGAAGACGACGAUGCUGGUGUCGUAUCCAAUCUGAUCGUGAUGCGGCUUGCUGAUGGUAAGAGCAUCGGCACAUGCUCGCUUUACAAGACCCCCACCUUCCUGUCUCUUUCCCAGCGAGCACUAAACAUCAUCAUUGGCUUCGAGGAUGGCAGCAUCGGCACAUACACAGUUGUGGAUCGUGUGGAUGCUGCUCUCAAGAUAAAGAUAGCCACCUCCAACAGCCGACAGAUUGUCAACAACGCCUCGCAGAAGGUGCGGCCCAAAUGUGGCAACCAUUCCUUUAAAACCGUUGCUGACUGCACUUGGAGGGAGUCAACAGAGGUGUUCUCCAGGGACAGUCCCAUCAACGUGUCGGACUCCGGAGAAGGUGAGUCGACAACGCCUACAAAAAGACUGAACUGCUCCAGUGAUAGGUGGAGAAGAAAGGAGUAUCAGGAGUUAAGGUAGUUGGGUGGGCACAGGUGACAAAGCUUAGAAUCUCUGGGGUCGCAGUUGAUUCUUGUUUACAGCCACGUGAUUCAGCUGCAGAUGUCAGCCCUCUGGGUAGUUAAUGGGCCGACCGUUUUAACGCUGCACUCAAAUUAUGUAUUACUUACUUCCAACUUAUGAUACAUUUUAUGUUUGUUUUACACAUUAAGACUGUUAGAAAAAUACUGUUUUAGAAAAGAAGAAAAAUGUCAGUUCUGUGAAGUAUUAGUUUGCCAUUAUGUGUCCUUUUGCAUUUGAAGAACAAAGUUAUUAUUCAAAUGUCUCGGUCAAACAUUUUCAAAGCCAUUCCAGUGAUCUUAGCCACUUUCAUUGUACACUGUCUUUAUUUUCAUUGUGCACAUUAAGCCAUAAUGUUGUUCUUAAAAGAGUAUAUUUAUGUUUGUAUUUACAUCAGGCCGUACUGUACAAAAAGGAAGAACUAUGAACAUAUGUACAUAUCUCUUUUUGGCUGCUGCAAUUUGUGCAACUCCUUAAAAAUGUUAUGUUGUGCUUAAUGCAAUCAAAGUGAGUGCCUGGAAUUUAAAAUGUUCUUUAUGUGCAGAUUACAAGAUUUAUGAAAAUGCAGGGAAUUUGUAAACACAGUAUACGCACCGUUACACAAUACUUGCAUUGACGUUAAAUCUAGACGAUCAGUGUAAUGAAAUCCAGUCAACAACGCGAGAGACGGAUGGCAUUGCUCUUUGUAAUGAUAGCUGUAGGAUAUUUCUUGGAACAGUUUACAUAGAUUUGAUGUGAAUUUACCUGCAGUUCCGUCAAUUUGUGUGCUGUUCCUUUUAAGGGAAACACCACUAUUGAGCAUACAGUGUAGCAUAGCACCAUACACAUUCACGCCUUAACCAGUGUUCUUGCUUUAGGUUUAGUGGAGUUUGUUCAAAAUGUUCCAGUGUUACAGGACAGGAGUGGUUAGCCCGAUGUUCGAAACAACUUGGCCAUGUGAAUAUAUAUAGAAGUGUAGACAGUAGGUGGAAGCACUUUAUGAGUGGUUUGUGAGAAAUUAUUAGAUUUAUUUAUAUGAAACAUUGUAUAAAUUGUUUAGAGUGAUCUAGAUUUGUCUUAAAACAUGGAUUGGGUGUGCUUACAGAAACACACAGGCCAUCCAGGUACUUGCAGGCUACAGCUGACUCACUUGAAAAGCUACAGUCUCUACAUAUAUAUAUUAGGGCUGGACUCGAAUAUCCGAGCAUGCGGUUGUUGUGGUGGUAUCCGAAUAAUUAUUAUGAAAUCUGCUGCUUUAUCAUCACUAAAAAUCGGUAUAUCUCAGUCUUAUGGACUGCAGUGACCUCAGGGGUCAGUGGUACUUUGGAUUGGUAUCACGCGGACCUACCAACUCUGACGUCACGCUUCACUUCACCCGUGUUUUUAAACAGAAGACAAAAUGCGAAGACGGAGAUAUCCAUGCUAAUGCUAAAGCUGUCGGACUCCGACGAUAACGAAUUUUCGGAUACUUGUCAUUAGCGGGAAUAGAUAGACACCCGAAUAUCCAGAUCUCAGAAUCUGCUAUUUGGAUCAGCCCUAAUAUAUAUAACAAAGAGGAUGCUGUCAUCUUAGCAUUUUGUAUCAGAGGGGAGCAAUUUGAACAUCUGUGGGAUUAAACAAGGGUCGUGAAGAUUGUGAUGAACUGCUAAAAUGCAAUUAAAAAUAGGCAUUUUGUCGAUAUUUACAAAAUGAAAUACUGAUAUCAUGUCACACUAUUAUACAUAUGAUAAUAUCAUACAUAAUCAAGUGCUAGUAACUAGGGACAACAUACAGUACAAUUAAAAUUACAGACUGUAUCUUCACUUUUGAGUGUAUUUCAUUUGGUAAAAAUGAGACAAAACACACAAUAAAAGAUAUUAAAAAUGAAUCGGACGAAUAGCUUUGUUUUCCAUAGACAGUACCAUAAAUUGGUAGCUAAAAUAAUUGUGAAUUAUUUUAGCUACCAUCACGAUGUAGUGGAAACCUAAUAUCAUGACAUCCCUAUUUUAGGGCCUGUGGUUGUGUGUCGCCUUUUGCAAAGCAGCGAAAAACCUUUGCCUGAGGUCUUCAAGAUCGUGAAUGGUAGUUGAACAAUUUGACUGCUGUCAUGAGCAGGGAUUCAAAGUAGAAGUUGCAUUUUAGAUGUACUUUGUCACACAAGCAUUACUCAAUAGCUGGAUAGCUCAAUGACUAGCACCCUUCAUUUUGGCAGAAGAGGUCAGUGGUUCAAACCCCCUUUGAGGACCCUUAGGCAAGGUCCUUAGUGCUUCCCCGCCUACCUAUGUUGUAUCUGCUCUCAGAUGUAUGUUGCUUUGGAUAAAAGCAUCUGCUAAAUGAAAUUGUCUCAGACAGAGAUUUUUCCUUGUUUUACUGAAGGUGGUAUAAACCACAGGUUUCCACUUUUGUCCUACACUAUUUCAUAGGCUCUUGAUCUUUUUGACCCUUAUUUGAGUCUGCAGAAACUGACUCUGAUAGCAGCAUGACAGGCUAAAAAUUAAAACUGCUGACAAUCUAAAAGAAUAUUUAAGAGUCUAUGAGGUUGUACCUUGCAGGUGCCGCGAUAGCUUUUAAAAGCAUGUCUGUAAUAACCGAAAACUGAAUUUGUUUUCAACAGUAUUAAAACUCUGACUCAAAUCAUCUGCCAGGCAUGAUUACAACAAAACAAAACACGACACACUUUCACUUUUACAUAUACUUUUAAAGGGCUAUUCCAUUCCUCCUUAUUUGUAUGUUUACGAGUUUUGAACAGUUGAGGUAAUGGCCCUUGGAUAAUUUCAAACCGGGUAGUAGCACCAAGCUUUAAAAUACUUUAUUUCACUCCAACUCAAGAGUUUCUAAAUUGAAAUAAAGAAGAGAUUCUAUCAUGUAAUUGCCAAAGUCCCAAUUUUAGUUUGUGUUUCAUUUUGUUGACCGUCUCAUUGGUUUUUGAGGCUUAUACUGUAAUUAUAUUGUUACCAAAUUGUUUCAGUGUUGGACUGUGAUUCUGUUUAUGAUAGAGAAAAUGUGCUAUCUUUGCUAAAAAGUUUAAAAAAGAGUCCUCAUAAAAUAUAUUGGAAUGCCAGUUUAAGAGUAUAUUUGAAUGUGUCCAUAUGGAAGCCAGUAAAUGGUAUUAUUGUAUGUUAAGUAACUUGAAUGACUUUUAAUAACUUACAUGUUUGCAACUCAUAGUUGACAUACUGGUAAUGAAUGUUUCUAUGGUAUUCUUUGUAUUGUCAGGACUGACUUACCUGUUUAGAGAUUUAUAUUUUCAUAAAUGUUGUACUGACAUUUUGUUACAGAGUUGUUUAACUGGAAUUCAAACAGAAAAGAAACUUAUGUCUGAAGCAAUAUGAAACUAGUGUGUAUGCAUUGUUUGUAUGAAACAUUUUAAUGUAAUAAAAUGGUUCACUUUUUGCCUCCA